CUGCCCACACACACUCAUAAAAAAUGUUUCCUUUCAAUGAUUCCUCUCAUGAUAUUGAUGAUUACCAAAUCCAUCUCCAAAAUCUCUUUUCUUAUCAACUAAUUUCAUCGCAAGAAGGAUGCAGUCGUACUGAAAAUCUUAAUACCAACAGCAAAAUUGACGAAACCACUCAAAAUGAAGAAAAGAAGAUUAUGCACCGAGAUCUUGAACGUGAAAGAAGAAAACAAAUGACCUCUCUUCUCACCAACCUUCGAUCUUUGCUUCCUCUUGAAUUUAUAAAGGGUAGGCGUAGUAGGGUUGAUAUUGUUGAUGAAGCUGUGAAUUAUAUUGAAUAUUUAAGAGGGAGGAUGAAUGAGCUUCAUGUUAAAAGAGACGCGAUAGUAAAGAGGCUGCAUUUGGAAUCAUCCUCAAGUUGCAAUAAUGAUAUUCCUUCUACAAGUUGUGUUGUAAUUAAGCAAUAUUCAGGUGGAUUGGAGAUUGUGAUAAGUAACGGCAUUAUUUCAGAGCAGAAUUUUCAACUUUCAGGAGUGAUGAGGGUUUUGAUUGAACAAAGUAUUGAGAUUGAAACUUGUUCUUCUACCAAAUUAAAUGAAAGGAUGUUGCACACUAUUCAGACAAAGGUAGAUGAUCCAACCAAGAUUGAUCUGCAUGAACUGAAGCAAAAACUAUAUCAAGUUUGCAAUUCUGAGUGA